CAGGCAGCCAAGCGAGUUCGGUUUCCAAAUACGAACAAACUCCAUACGCCUAAUUACAGUGCUCUGUAAACGUUUUACAGUAUUGGGAUUUCUUCAAUUGUUCUUCUCAGUGUUUUUUUUGGUGGGUUUGAUUCUGAAAACUCGAAGCUUUUUUGAAGAACAGAGAAGGAAAUAGAUAUGGGUCUGCUCAGAUAGCAGUUUUGGUGACCAAAUUUUCACGUCUGUGAAUUUUCAAGUAUCAAAUGGCGCUGUGUUCUAUUUACAAGUAUGGUUCAAAAGCUCAAGGGUUGGCUUUUCUUGCAUUUGGGUCCAUUUCUUUUUUGGUAUUUGUUUAUGUUGCUAUUGUCUCCAAGUUGCUUCCGCCAUUCGAUAAUCCGAUCCUUGCAGCCAUUCAGAAUGACAGAUACUAUUGCUUUCUGGUUCCAUUAACGCUUCCCAUCCUUGUUGUUGCUAUAUAUUUCCACUGGCUCAGCAUGAAGAUCUUUAAGCAUGCAUAGCUCAGACGAGGUAUGGAGCUUUUGUGUAAUCUCACGAAGGAUCGUUAUCAAUUGGUUAGGUUUCUGAUUCCAAGUUGUUUACUUGAAACAUUUGACAUGAGUAGAAUGAGAUAAGUUUUCGUAGUAAUGACAAACGAAGAUACUUUCACUAUUAAAGUGUAGCUAUUUUCAGCCCUUUUGUGCUUCUGCAUUUCCUGGAACUUCAGAAGUUAAGAGCACAAAAUCGCGAGCUUCCUUCAAAUAAAUAACUUGCAUACACUCAAUACUUGCUUCUAUCCAAGAUUUCUGAUGAAGGAAGUGUUUAUGAAGAAGACAUUUAGGCUACUAAAUCAUCCUAGGACAUUUAGACAUUAAGAUUUUUUUUAUCCUAAUUCAACAGUUCAGUUGUUUGUAAUUGGUAUGAACACAAAAUUUUGAAAUUGACUUGCUUAUAUACAUUGAAAUUAUUG